AUGUUUCGUUCUAGUCCCGUAUCGGGAAGCAGGUACGUGUCUCAAGUCCGGCCCGAGCCGCGCGCCGGAAAGGACGGCGGCAGCGACAUCGACGAAGGCGAUUCCGUCCACGACGAAGCUUCAUCGCUGCUUCGCUCGGACGCGAGACCGUUUCCUACGUCCGUCGGUGCUGCCGGGGGCAUCUUCGGCGGGUCUUACGGCGGCGGCGGCGGGGGCGGGUUUAGGAAGGGGAAUCGGAGGCUAAGGACGCUGGCGGCGUGCGCAGCGCUGGUGGUGGCGGCGCUGGUGCUGGCGGCGUGCGCGGUGGUCGACGUGGCGGACGCGUGGCUGGGAUUCGGAGGGACGCGACGGGCGGCGGGACUGGAGCGAUGCGUGCCGCAGGACAUCCCAGGUAGAUGCAAGGGGAGUGGUGGGGAACGGUGGGGAGGGGUGGAGAAUGGUAGGGUGGGGAACGUGCGACUGGCGGCGGGACUGGAGCGAUGCGUCCCGCAGGACAUCCCAGGCAGAUGCAAGGGGAACUGUGGGGAUCGGUGGGGAAUGGUGGGGAAUGGUGGGUGGAGGGAGGUGAAGGUGGGGUGCUGCUGCUGCCACCGGCACAUGACUCGUGCGCCUCUUGCUCACUCAUACACCCUCCCCUCUAUGCCAGUGCCAUCACUGGCAGAGAUGACAGUGGAGGGAGGAGAAGGUGGGGUGGAUGAUGCAGAUAAACGAGCGAGUAGGGGCGAGGCGAUGACUCUUGCCCUCGUUGGGGUAAUGCCAUUACUGGCGGAGAUGACAGUGGAGGAGAAGGUGGGGCAGAUGAUGCAGAUAGACGAGCGAGCGCUGGGAUAUGGAGACAACAUCACAGUUUACCAUAUCGGAUCAGUUCUUAGGCGUGCUUUUCUUGUUGGGGCGGUGCUCAUUUCCCGUAUUCCUCCUCUUCCCCAUCCCUCCUUCCCCGCGUUGUUUUCUUCCCCCCCGCCCUCGCCCUCCUCCCCUUAUAUUCCUUCCAUCUGUGGGGGAGGGGCAUGGCUGCAGUACGCCCCCAACACCCCCACGGCAUGGGCAGACAUGUCUUCCCCUCCUGCCCGUGCUUUGCCUCCCGUGCUUUGCCUCCCGUGCUUUGCUGUGUCAUAUGCCAGUGGGGGAGGGGCAUGGCCCCAAUACGCACCCAACACCCCAAGAGCAUGGGCGGACAUGGUUGAUAACUUCCAGGCGAAAGCACUCAACACGAGGCUGCGGUUGCCAGUGCUGUACGGGGUAGAUGCGGUGCACGGGCACAACAACGUGCAGGGGGCGACUAUUUUCCCACACCACGUGGGGCUGGGGGCGGGUGGGGAUGCCACGCUUGUAGAGGCGAUUGCUGCCGCUGUGGCAAAGGAAGUGGCAGCGACGGGGGUGCGGUGGACGUUCGCCCCGGCAGUCACGGUGUGCCUCGACCCCCGCUGGGGCCGCUGCUACGAGAGCUAUGGGGCGAACCCAGGGCUUGUAACAGAGCUUGCUAUAGCGGAGAUACGUGGAUGGAUGGCUGGGAACUUUCCAGGAAGCGUCUUCAUGGCGCCAACAGCAAAGCACUACGUGGGGGAUGGGGGCACAAGGGGAGGUGUGGACCGGGGGGAGACGGUAGGGGGGGAGGCGGUACUGAGGAAGGUGCAUCUGCUGCCGUACGUGGCGGCUGUAGCGGAGGGCGUGUCUACCAUAAUGGCGAGCUACAGCAGCUGGAACGGCACCAAGAUGCACGGCAAUGGCUACCUCUUGACGGACGUGCUGCGCAAGGAGCUCGGCUUUGUGGGCCUCAUGGUGUCUGACUGGGAGGCGCUCAAGGAGCUUCCAGGAAGCUACGAGGACCAAGUUGCCCUGGGGGUCAACUCGGGACUCGAUAUGAUCAUGGUUCCAAACGACUUCGCCAAUUUCUCGACCACCCUCACCUCUCUAGUCAACUCGGGGCGCGUUCCCAUGUCACGAAUCGACGAGGCCGUGUCGCGCGUUCUCUCGCUUAAACACUCCCUAGGUCUGUUUGACAAGGACUUGGUCUGUGCGCGCCACUCCUCCUCCUUCUUCUCCUCCUCUUCCUCCUCGCUCUCCUCACGCUUCCUCCCAUUUUUUGGCUGCCCGGAGCACCGCCAACUUGCCCGAAAAGCUGUAGCGGCCUCGCUGGUGCUUCUACAGGACAAGUGGAGGAGAGGGGGGACCGGAAGCGGGUAUAACGCUGCCGUCUGGGGCCGGGGCAGGAAGAAAAUGUUUCCGCUGCCCGUGGAGGGGGCGAAAAUCGUUGUUGCGGGCAGCCAUGCAAACGACAUUGGGAGGCAGUGUGGCGGAUGGACUAUCACAUGGCAGGGGGAAGAGGGACCUAUCACCAAAGGCACUACUAUUUGGCAAGGGAUUAAAGACCUAAUUGCCGGCCGGGCGGCGAGCCUAACCUAUAUCGGCUACCCGCCUGAAGACGACCGUUACGAGAACGGGACGAGAAAAAGGCCGCUCGAAGCCGCCCGGGAGGCGGCAGCAGCGUGGGCGAAGCGAGCAAGGAGUGUAGAAGCUGACCUUGGGAUUAUAGUUGUAGGGGAGCCGCCUUAUGCCGAGUACAAGGGGGAUGAUCAGCAGCUGGAGUUGAGCGGCCCUGCCCGGUCGACAAUUUUCGGGAUUUGCGGGCGGAUUCCGUGCGUUGUGGUGGUGGUUUCCGGGCGGCCGCUGAAUGUUACGGGCAUGUUACCGCAUUUGGAUGCGCUAAUAGCCGCGUGGUUACCCGGGUCAGAAGGAGGGGGUGUAGCCGAUGUGUUAUUUGACGAAGCGGUGGAUUUCAAGGGGAAAUUACCCUUGCCGUGGUUCCGUUCGGUCAGGGAUUUGCAGCCGGAUCACUCUUGGCCUAACCCGCCUCUGUUCCCCAUGGGGUUUGGGCUGAGUAAGGCUGGUGAGCUGAUUGGUAACAGGGUGGGAGGCGAGGGGCCACCAUAG